GCUGCGACCCUUCGUCCUGGAAGUAAUAAUAUUCUACUGGCCAGCUCGACGUCCUGCCCAGCGCGCAAUUCUCCCGUUACUGUUAUUUAUUCCACCGCCAGCGAGUCGCCCAAUUGGCCAGCAGCAAAAGGCCCGCAGUGUGCCCUUUGUUGAUUUCAAACUCCGCCUGCCAUGUUGCCGCCCAACCUGCCUCGCGAUUCGCCAUAUACUUGCUGCUACUGUGAAGAGAACAUAUACCUUCUCGCGCAGAAAUUCACAUCCGAUUCAGGCCUGAACGGCGGCUGGAACAUAUAUGUCGUCUUCAUUUCCAAUGAUACCAAUACCGUGGCCCUUCGGAACCAGAAGAGUGCGCCCCAUGAAGAUUUUCCGGUCUGCUGGGACUACCACGUAGUGCUGUUAUUGCGGAACAUCUCGAUAUAUCCCCAAUCCGACACGGAAAACUGCAAUUGGGUAUACGACUUCGACACUCGCCUGCCGGUACCUGUGCCUUUAGCAGAAUACCUCCGUCAAACCUUCAGCGACGGAUUCCCCGAAAAAUUUCAGAGCUUGUUCCGUCUUGUGCCCGGCGAGGUAUAUCUCCAGUAUUUUGCUUCAGACCGCUCACAUAUGAUUCACGGAGAUGGUUCGUUUUCGUCUCCGCCACCUUUGUAUCCCCCGAUCUACGGAACCAAAACUCUUGGCAGAGGCAUUCGCUCCAAUUUGAUGAAAAGCUUCGUCUGCAUGACGCCCUCCGAUGACACCUUUGGCAAUGUCUAUGACCUCCAUACUUUCGAACGAUGGGCACGCGAGACAUCAAUGAUGGUGGCUGGCGACGGUCCAUAUUUGCACGGAUCCCGAAACGUAAAGGACACUGCAAGUUGUGAAUGAUUUUUGGGCUACAAGAAGCAGAAUAACAAUAGAACCUGCAAUAUGCAAAGAUAUAUGGGUAUACUGGUAUCAUAAUAGAUCAUGAACCCUGCUGGAUGUGUGAGCCUUGGGUCGACAAAGGGCUAGCUUUGGAUUUCAGAACUAGAUCCGGAGAAGACGUAUCCACUCGGAAUGAAGUGAAGACCGGGUGGGUUGACGAAGAUGACGCCUUUGAUUGUGCAACAGGCCGCUUGGGACUAGGCGCCAUAAUUUGGAUGGGGGCGGUGGCGACGAACGAUGUUGGCUGAGAAUAGUACUGGGAUGGCAUGGGUGCUUGAGGGAGGAUCACCGAUGAAUUGGUGAAGGGAUGGACCGCAAAAGGGUCGAAGGACGAACGAGCCAUCACCACAUGCAACUCAGGAUGAGCGCAAAUUUUCUUUCUGGUUUAUGACUGCCGCCUGGAAA